AUGCAGCAAGUAUCCCGUUCUGGCGAGUGGUCUGUUGGCGAGCUGACACUGCAGUUCAAGAUCUGGAGUCAAGCAACUCUAGAGACGGGAGGUGUUCGGACGAGGAAGGGAAGUCAAGACGGGGUUGACAACGGAGCGGCGGUCCAGUUCAGCCCUGGCGACGAUCUGAGUGAGAUCCGAGGGCAAGGUAAGAAGAAAGGUAUGGUUGUACAAGAAAGUUGCCCGGAGCUUUGGGUGGUGAGUGACUGA